AUGUCUUUCAACUGCUCCACAAGAAAUUGCUCUUCCAGGCCAGUCGGAGGACGGUACACCGUCCCAGCAGGUCCAGUCGCCACAGCUUCAGCCCGUGAUGCAGACUGCCUGAGUGGCAUCUACUUGCCCAGUUCCUUCCAAACUGGUUCCUGGCUCCUGGACCAUUGUCAGGAGUCAUGCUGUGAGCCCACUGUCUGCCAGCCAACAUGCUACCAGAGAACUUCUUGUAUCUCCACCCCUGUCCAGGUAACUUGCAAUCGACAGACUACCUGUGUCUCCAAUCCCUGCUCAACUCCCUGUAGCCGGCCACUCACUUUUGUGUCCAGUGGCUGUCAGUCCUUGGGAGGCAUUUCCAGCUCUUGCCAACCCGUGGGAGGCAUCUCUACCACUUGCCAACCCGUGGGAGGCAUCUCUACUGCCUGCCAACCAGUGGGAGGCAUCUCUACUGUCUGCCAACCAACCUGUGGAGUCACCAGGACAUACCAGCAGUCCUGUGUAUCCAGCUGCCGAAGAACUUGCUAA